AUGCCGGGGGGCGGAGGGCCAGGAGGAGGUGUCGAUAUGGGUGGUGGUCCCGGAGGGGGUAACAGACGGAGGAUGCAGCAACAGCCGACGUAUGCGCAAUACCAGCAAUAUCAACAGUAUCAGCAGCAGCCCAUGUAUCCAAACUACAUGAACCCCUACGCUCAGCCGACGCCGUAUUACCAUCAGCUGCCGCAUCAGUACCAGAACGGAGGCAUGCCCUCUGGCUACAUGCACUAUCAGCAACAGCAGCCCUACGUGCGGUCACCACAGGCCAUGCCUCAACCUCAAUAUGUCCCCAUGGCCGGCGUGAGCGUUCCUCAGCCGUAUUCGCAACCGUCGCCUGCUCUCUCAACGCCGUAUCACCCACCUCCCGUCCCUGCUGUCAACCCUGUUCAGACGCCGCCGCCUCCUCCGCCUCCGCACGUUGAACCUACGCCCGAGCCUUCAGUCGUCACACCUUCUGUAGUGUCCUCGGUCGUGUCUUCAUCAGUCGUCACGCCCUUCGCUGAGCCAUUCCACCCGGCCGCGGUGCCCCCAGCCCCUGCCUCUGCCCCUGCUCCCGAGAGCCCAGAGCUUCCCAAAGAUGUAAAGGAAUUUCGCGCACCACUCCCUUGGACACCUCCCGACCAAGCACCGUUCCCUAGAAGGGCUCCCAAGUCAAGGCGGAGCAGAAGAUUGAUGAGCGCGAAUGCUCAGAAUCUGACACUGCCUGUGGAGCAGCACGAGGGCGCUCUCGAGUCGGCCACCAAAAGCGGCACGGAGGACAGCCUCCAAGUGAAGGCCGAUGCGAAGAAGGUGGCGCCCUGGAACUCCAAGGACACCGACUCCGAGAGUGCCACCCUGAGAGCAGACUCCCUGGCGUCUGAAACUCCUAAGGAGAGUGACAGGUCAGCGACUAGCGUCUCAAACAUGGGCAGCCCGAAGGUGAAUGUACCGGGGUCUGAGGCCAGACCCACGACAAGCAACUCGAACGCCUCGGCGUCCCGCCCUGCCGUUCCUGUUGUCCCAGUCAUCCCAGCUCUUCCGAAGAGCAGCCCCAAGGAGGCUAAGGCAACAAGCGUCAGCCAGCUCGCAGAAGAGCCCAAGCAAGUUGCAUCUCAGGAGGCGAAGCCUGCUGAAGCAACAGAGGGCACGGAAGUUGCUGGCACGGAGCAAGAGAAGCUCGAGGCUCCUCCGGCGGCUCCCGCCAAGGCGGCCCCGAAGUCAUGGAGUGGACUGUUCUCCGCAGCCGCCGCCGCUGCUGCUCCCAAGGCGCAGCCCGCUGCUAAUGGCCCUGUUGCUCCGGCCGCGGCCAACGGUGCCACCACAAAUGGCGAUGGUGCUGUCAACGGCAGCGCACCCACCUUUUCUGCAGGAAACACAAACUCUCUGGCAUCUGCCAUCCAAGACUUCCGGGUUAGCAAUGCUGCCAGGGUUCAGUUCAUCGAGCCGAGAGGCCUGAUCAACACCGGCAAUAUGUGCUACAUGAAUUCAGUUUUGCAAGUCCUUCUUUUCUGUGCGCCAUUCUAUAACUUCUUGGAUCAGGUCAGCAAGAAGGCUGUGCACAAGUUCAAGAGCGACACGCCCGUCAUAGAUGCCACGAUUAUGUUUAUGAGGGAAUUCCGGGUCAUCGACUCGACUGAAACGGUCGAGAAAUUGCGCCGGAAGCUCAAGAGCGAGCAGCUGGAGCAAUAUGGUGAUUCGUUCAUUCCCGAGUUUGUGUACAAGGCCAUCCAGCCUCUCCCGGCGUUUGCUAGCAUGAGACGUGGACACCAGCAAGAUGCUCAGGAGUUCCUGGGUUUGAUUCUCAAUGCCAUCGACGAAGAAUGCGCCCAAGUAAUGUCAACGAGUGGCUCUUCCAAUGGGGCCGCUGAAACCCGGCCUACAUCCUCCGCCGCCAGCGUUGUUGAGUCGAACGACGGCGCAGACGGGUGGUUUGAAGUUGGAUCGAGACAGAGAGCAGUUGAGACGCGCUCGUCCGGAGCCAGCUCGACGACGCCCAUCACUCGUUUGUUUAGUGGACAGUAUCGAUCAGAGCUUCGCCGUCCUGGUGUGAAGGACUCGGUGACUACGGAGCCUUUCCAGUCCCUGCAGUUGGACAUUGGCGCCCCGUACAUUCACAACGUUGUCGACGCGAUAAAGGGUCUAACGGUGCCCGAGAGGCUACAGGGCGAUGCUGCCCCCAUGACGAAGCAGACUCUGAUUGAGACUUUGCCCCCGAUUCUCAUCCUUCACCUGAAGCGCUUCAAGUUCGACACUGAAGGAACGACCAAGAUCGGCAAGAAGGUCGGUUACCCUCUCGACUUGCAGCUCCCCGCGGAAGUUCUCUCGAAGCGACGACGCAACGCUCUUGUCUCCGAGGGUGCCGGCAUGCCCAAGUACAGGCUCAUCGGUGUCGUCUACCACCACGGCAAGCAAGCCAACGGCGGUCACUACACAGUGGAUGUGCGACGGCAAGACGAAAAUGAGUGGAUCCGCCUGGAUGAUACGAUCAUCCGACGUGUCCGCAGUGAGGACGUGGCCGAGGCUGGUGCGGAGGAGGAUGCCAAGGACACGGGCCGAUCAGGUCCCGCGUCGCGUGACGCGUCGACCAACCGGUUCGGCGCUAUGGCAGACGACGACGAGGGCGAUGAUUGGAAGGAGGUCACCACCUCUGCCAAGGGUGGUGAUAAGGGCGGCGAGAAGAAGUGGAGCGCCGUGGCCAACGGCAACGGCACCGCGUCCAAGGGAAAGCCGGCCAAGGACAACAUCAAAGACAACAAGGUUGCCUACCUGCUAUUCUACCAGCGAGUCUGA